AUGUCUGUAGCUAAAGUGACUAAAGAUGGCAAUAAGUCUGAGCCCGUUGCGUACAGUGACGCAGCUUUGAGAAACAAUGCAGUGGUCGUGGAAUAUUGCAGAACAUCCAUGGCUGCAUUAUCGGGAUCUACUGCAGGUGUACUUGGACUCACAGGCCUUUAUGGCUUCGCCUUCUACGUGUUUGCAGUAGUUAGUCUAUGGGUAAUGUUUAUGCUGAUGUGGACAUUACAAACGGACGAGAGCUGA